GCAGAUUGCUUGGGGCGAGAUGGACUCUUUUCAACACGUGAACAAUGUCAACUACUACCGCUACGCCGAGUCGGCAAGGGUGAACUGGAUCACCAACUUUGCUGUCCACGUUGACCCGGGGCAUCACCGGCAGUGGCGGGAGCUGAUGACGCCCCGGUCGACAGGGCUGAUCAUGCGGAGUCUGAAGGCGGAUUUCAAGUUCCCCAUGGUCUACCCGGACAGGAUCUCAGUCUACCACAAGCUGCGGGCGAGGUCUGAACGGAAUCCGGCCCCAAGCUCUUUCUACCUGGACUGCAUCGUGCUGUCGCACCGGCACCGGAGGAUCGCAUGCCGCUUGCAGGAGGACAUUGUGCUUUACGACUACAAGAAGGCCGGAAAGACGAGCAUGCCCGACUUCAUGCUGGACAUGUUUGAGAAGACGUGGGAGCUUCAGCAGCAAGAGAUGCUUCGGGCGCGAAUGCGGAUUUUCGAGCUGCAUGGGGCAGUCGUGCAGCUGGAGGCUGAAACGUGGAACAGGCCGGACGCUGUCGAGGACAUGGGAGCGGCAAAGGCGACAUGAAGAGUUACCGUAUCUCUGAUCCGAGACCUGUCUGUUUUGCGAGUAGACGACCUGUGCCUCUGGGCCAGUGAUAGGAUAGAGUGCCUUUCUAACUGCAAAGACUCGAGGAGGGGAGUUGCCCUUUCAUCCAGCG